AUGGCGCGGCGCCCGGCGCCCGGCGCGGUCCCGGCCGCGCGCGCGCGCGAGGCGCCGCGGCGCAGGUCAACGACCUCAACGAGAACUCGCUGCUCCACAUCCUCCGCGGCCGCUUCAAGCAGGACAAGAUCUACAGCAACGUCGCGCGCGUCGCGCCGCGUCCCCUCCGCCGCGCGACGCGCGCGCGCGACCGCCGCCCGUCGCAGCGCGAUCCUCGUCGCGAUCAACCCCUUCAAGAAGCUGCCGCUCUACACGCCGGAGCAGAUGGAGCUCUACCGCGACGGGUCCCGGGGCAAGGCGCCCCACAUCUUCGGCAUCGGCAUCGACCAGGGCGGGAAAAGAGCGAUGAUGGCGGAGCGGAAGAACCAGAGCGUCGUCAUCUCGGGCGAGUCCGGCGCGGGCAAGACCGUGAACACGAAGCUCGUGCUCCAGUUCGUCAGCGACGUCAGCGCGCGCCUCUCGGGCAAGGCCAAGGUCGAGGGCGAGGCGGGCAUCGAGGAGCAGGUCCUCCAGACGAACCCCAUCCUCGAGUCGCAGGGCAACGCGAAGACGCUCCGCAACAACAACUCGAGCCGCUUCGGCAAGCUCAUCACCGUCAAGUUCGACACGCAGGGCGGCGUCGUCGGCGCGUCCAUCAUCGACUACCUGCUCGAGAAGUCGCGCGUGACGUUCCAGGCCGAGGGCGAGCGGAACUACCACGUCUUCUACAUGCUCAUCGCGGGCUGCAAGAAGGAGCCGAAGCUGAGGGCCGCGCUCCAGCUCGCGGACCCCCAGGACUACCACUACCUGGACCAGAGCGGCGUCACGGAGGCCGAGGGCUUCAACGACGAGGCCGAGUACGAGGACAUGAUCCGGUCCUACGGCACGUUGCAGUACUCGGACGCGGAGAAGCAGACGGUCUUCGCCAUCUUCGCCGCGUGCCUCCACGCGUCCAACGUCCACUUCGAGAAGGUCGCCAAGGCCAUGGAGGAGGACGGGUCGAGGGUCGCGAACCCGGAGACGCUCGCCGUCGUCGCGGCCAUGCUCGGCCUCGACGCGGGCGAGCUCGAGAAGGCGCUGACGUCCAAGAACGUGGGCAACAAGAGCGUCAUCAUCGUCUCCUACACGCCGGCGCAGUCGUCGGCGACGCGCGACUCCAUGGCCAAGGCCAUCUACCAGGGCUUGUUCACGUGGACGAUCGCGAAAUGCAACGCGUCCAUGGACAAGACCCAGGAUUUCGCGAACUUCGCGGCCAUUUUGGACAUCUUCGGCUUCGAGUCGUUCCACCACAACUCCCUCGAGCAGCUCUGCAUCAACCUCUGCAACGAGAAGCUCCAGUACUUCUUCAACGACUUCAUCUUCGCGCAGGAGGAGGCCGCGUACGAGGCCGAGGGCGUCUCCGUGCCCCGGAGCGACUUCGAGGACAACGGCCCGACGCUGGAGCUCCUCGAGAAGCCCCGCCAGGGCGUGCUGGCCAUGAUCGACGAGGAGAUCUCCGUGCCGCGCGGCUCCGACGCGAGCUUAUUGUCGAAGCUCGUGUCGAAGCACGGGCCGCACAAGAACUUCGAGAAGGCGGGGCCGAAGAACUGCCCCAAGGAGUACAACCGCGUCGCCUUCGGCAUCGUCCACUACGCGGGCAUGGUCAUGUACGACACGACGGACUUCCUGGAGAAGAACAAGGACCAGCUCCACCCCGACGUCGUGACCAUGCUCCACACGACGACGUCCGACCUCGUCAAGACGUGCCUCCCGCCGCCGCCCGUCAAGGGCGGCUCGAAGAAGAAGUCCGCGACGCUCUGCUCCGCCUUCAAGAAGUCGCUCGCGGAGCUCAUCGCGACGCUGCAGACGACGGAGCCCCACUUUGUGCGGUGCAUGAAGCCGAACAAGGAAAAGAUCGGCGGCAACUUCACGUCGGCCAUGAUGCUCGAGCAGAUGCGCUACUCCGGUCUCUUGGAGGUCUGCCGCAUCCGCAAGCUCGGCUACCCGCUGCGCAAGGACUACAAGGACUUCGCGAAGCGCUACGGCACGAUCGUCCGCGGGACGAAGUCCGUCGACGAGCUGCUCAAGGGCCUCGAGGAGAAGGGCGUGCUCAAGGCGGGCAUGUGGGCCAAGGGCACGACGAAAAUCUUCAUGAAGGCGCCCCAGUCCGUGGACCUCGAGGUCGCGCGCGAG